ACUUCAUUUUAACGUCAAGGAAAAUUACCAAAAGAUCUCUGUUUGUGUGGGUCCUUUUCAUUACACUUUUACACCUUAUCUGAGACCUUCAUUACCAUUUCAGAGUGAUCCUCACUGCAGAUGGAGAGAAUCGAAAAAAGAAAAGAAAUUACCAGAGCAUUAAUCAUAUAUUUGACCCUUUACCCUAAAAUCAAAUAAAUAAAAAUGCAAACAGGGAAUCCCAAUUUUUUCUUGCUUGGAUGCUUUGGAAAAAACCACACAGCCAGGCCCCCUUGGGUUUCACCACCUCAUAGCGCUUAUUUAUUAGACUGGUCCACCCCCUACAGGUGAGACGACGCCAUUACAACCAUUUUACUUUGCAAGUUACAAAACACUAACACAUGGCUUGUGUAACUCGACAUGAACCUGUUUGAUAACCGAGACCGAAGAGUAUGUUCAGGACGAAGGGGCUCAUUCGUGUGGUGUAUAUUUGCGCAAAUCUUUGCAGUCAGUCAAUCGUUUAUUUUUAUAGCUACAAUCUACCGUCAGCCCGCGUUUGAAGAUGCCUACAUCGGCUUGCGAAGACAGUAAAGUCUUAGUGAGAAGGAUGUUAGUGGAGGUGCUGAUGGGUCGAGAGGAUCCGGAGGGGUUCUUUGCCAUGUGUGUGUCGGUUCUGGGCCACCGGGAGACCAGCUCACAGUUCCUGCCCCUCAUCCGGCCGCUGGCCACCGCCAACGGCUCGCUGCACGCCACCCUCACCUCCAUCCACAAGGAGUACUUCUCUAAGACUCAAGAUGACGAGCUGGAACUUGCACUGUCGCUGUCUCUUGUGGAAACGAAUGAUCACCGGCUGUCUGGCACCAGCCAGGAGUCCCGACCUCAGCCACCUGCAGACGGAGCCAAUCCUCCGACCUCUGUAUCUCGGGGAGGCAUCCGCUCACCACAAACGGGGGCCUCGGUCAAGGCGAGCUCCCCACAGACAAACCACGCACCUGAGCGUCACAAAAUCACCCGUAUUGACAAAUAUGAAACGGACAAACCAGAAACAAGUCAGACCGCGCGUGUCUCCGGGCCAGUUUCCAAACAAGACACGUUCAAAGAAAGUGACAAGAUGAUGGACGACGAGGCUUUGAGUCCAUCGGAGAAACCGAAGCGCUCCAAGAACAGGCGGCAGCGGCGUAAAGGCGCUGGCCAGCAGGUUGUUGGUUUGCCCCGCUCCCCGUCGGCCCGGCCACCGGUCCUGCUGUGGUUCCGGAGGGACUUGCGACUCGGGGACAACCCUGCUCUCACUGGCUCGUUGGAGGUCGGUGCACCCGUCAUCCCGGUCUUCAUCUGGAGCCCUGAGGAGGAGGAGGGACCUGGGAUCACAGUGGCUGUGGGGGGAGCUUGUAAAUACUGGCUUCAUCAAGCUUUGUCUUGUUUCUCUGCAUCUCUGGAGCGCAUUGGCAGCCAUCUUGUGUUUUUGGAGGCAAAUAGAUCUUCUUUGCAUACCCUUAAGGAGCUAGUAGAGGAGACUGGGGCGAAAACUGUCUUGGCCAAUGCCCUCUAUGAGCCGUGGCUGAAGGAGAGGGAUGACGUGGUGGAGUCAGCCCUUCGGAGAGAUGGUGUCGUUUGCAAGAUGUUCCACUCGUACUGUCUCCGAGACCCUUACUCUGUCAGCACGGAGGGGGUUGGACUUAGAGGAAUAGGUUCAGUGUCUCACUUCAGGAACUGCUGUAGACAGAACCCAGGGUCUGCAUUAGGGGCCCCCCUGGACUCUCCUGCAUCUCUCCCCACACCUGCCCACUGGCCUGUGGGUGUCUCUUUGGACGCGCUAGGCCUGGCACGCAUGCCCCGCAGGAAGGAUGGCACAACGAUUGACUGGGCGGCUAACAUCCGUACAUCUUGGGAUUUCAGUGAGGAAGGAGCAUCAGCCCGGCUAGAGGCCUUUCUGAAUGAUGGUGUUUAUCGUUACGAAAAAGAGUCCGGCAGGGCAGAUGCCCCAAAUACCAGCUGCCUGUCUCCCUACCUUCACUUUGGUCAACUCAGCCCACGCUGGCUAUUGUGGGAUGCCAAAGGGGCACGCUGUCGCCCCCCAAAGUUCCAACGCAAGCUGGCGUGGAGAGAUUUGGCUUACUGGCAGCUGACAUUGUUUCCCGAUCUCCCCUGGGAAUCCCUGAGACCUCCAUACAAGGCUCUGCGGUGGAGCAGUGAUCGUGGCCACCUGAAGGCCUGGCAGCGAGGACAAACGGGCUACCCGCUGGUGGACGCAGCCAUGAGGCAGCUGUGGCUGACAGGCUGGAUGAACAACUACAUGAGACACGUGGUGGCAUCUUUUCUCAUCGCAUAUCUCUAUCUGCCCUGGCAAGAAGGUUACCGCUGGUUCCAGGACACCCUAGUGGAUGCCGACGUUGCCAUCGACGCUAUGAUGUGGCAGAACGGGGGCAUGUGUGGUCUGGACCAUUGGAACUUUGUCAUGCAUCCCGUUGAUGCAGCAAUGACCUGUGACCCUUACGGGAGCUACGUCAGGAAAUGGUGUCCUGAACUUGCUGAUCUGCCCGAUGAGCUCAUUCACAAACCCUGGAAGUGUCCGCCAGCCAUGCUUCGACGCGCAGGUGUGGUCUUUGGCCAGACAUACGCCGAGCGGAUAGUUACAGACCUGGAGGAGCGGAGGAGUCGUUCCCUGCGAGACGUAGCUCUGGUGCGGAAAGAGUUCGGACAGUACGUGGACAAGGGUUCAGGCUGCGACUUGGUGCCUCUGCCCCCCCGCCUCGUCUCUCAGGCUCUGGGCCUGGCGCACCGGGACGCGGGUUUGGUAACAGAAGGGAAGCGGUUCCUGUUGCCUGUCAUCACCCGCAUGGAAUUCAAACACCAACAGGAAGAUCCAGACGCAGAUGCCGCCUCAAAUCCUUACAAUGCUGUUCUGAAAGGAUACGUGAGCCGCAAGCGGGAUGAGACGGUCGCCUUCCUUAAUGAGAGAGACUUUACUGCUAGUGUGAUGCAUGAGGGCGUUCAGAGAAGGGAGAGGCUGGAGAGCAAUUAUCGCAGAAUCGAGGGACUCCCUCAGCCUCCCGCGCCUCGGGGCACAGCCAGAAGGACUCCAACAGCCAAGGACAAGUUUUCUGUGGCGCCGCCUCGUUAGCCCGGUGAUCCAGAGACCGCGACAGAAAGGGAACACGUUUAAAGUGACCAGUUACUAGCCGUAAAAUGCACAAAUAAAGAAAUCCUUAAAUUAAAAAGAUACACAAAAAAGAUUCUAGACUGGACUCUACACUCUGGAUUGAGUGAGGGAAAUUUCUUGAGACAAAUUUAGUAUUCAGCAAAUUCACACAAAUCUGAGGCAUGUUACACAAAAGGCUUCUACCUCAUGUUUUACAGUUGGCUGCUUUUUAGUGUUGUACAUUGGGUGAAUACUUUUGGUUGCGUGUGGAUAUAACGGAUGGGUUGACUAAAAAUAAGUGAUGAA